GUGGUUCCCCGCCCUGCAGCCUCCUCGGUCCAGUCCGCAGGAGAUUUCAAUAACCAGCCAGUGAAGACAUCCUCCUGCCCAAAUCCCGAUGGCGGCGAACCGGGUGGGGCGGCGGGUCAACAAGGUGUGCGGCCACCGGUCGCCCAACCGGGCCCGCGGCGCCGGCCUGCAGCGGCGCCAGCAGGCCCGAGUCACCGUCAAGUACAACCGCAAGGAGCUCCAGCGGAGGCUGGACGUGGAGAAGUGGAUCGACUGCGGCCUGGACCAGCUCUACGCGGGCCGGGAGGAGGAGGACAUGCCCGAGGAGCUGAACAUCGACGACCUUCUGGACCUGAAGACGGACGCCGAGAGGACGCGCAGACUGCAGGAGAUCCUCCAGUCGUGCCGCAGCAACACAGAGGUUUUCAUCGGCGACCUGCUGGCCAAACUCCACGGCCUGCAGAAGCAGGAGGAGCUGCGCAACGACGGCGUCGACCUGCCGCAGCUCCACAUCUACCCCGUCGCCCGCCCGGGGUCGGGCGACGGGGACGCGCCGCACUGAGGGGGGAGCGGCCGCGAAAACCCCUUCCGACGACCCCGCCCGGAGGGAGGAGCCGGACUGAAAAACGGGCGGAGCCCAACGCCCGCACCCCAGGAGCGCCCCCGGCCGGGUCCGGCGAGAAGCUCAAAGCGCAACAGGAAGUGGAGCGGCACGAAUCCGACGGGCGGCCGUCGUCGUUCGUCCUCGUCAGCCCUCGUUUUUGUGUUUGGGUUUCGUCAUUUUUCUGAGUUUCGUUUCCUUCUUCGACGUCUGUUUGCGUUGUCAGACCUCGCCGACCUUCGCGAGGCCGCGUGUGCGUCGGAGCACUUCCUGUCUCUUCAGGCUUAAGUCUUGUUUACUAACACACAUUAUACACGUGUAUUAAAAAAAAAAAAAAAAAACUUUACACAAUACAUGAAGACGCCAAAGGGGACGGACUACUCAAAUCAUAUUUCAUGUAAAAAUAACGACUGUGACAAUUUUUCUCUUUGCUGUGAUGCAAAACAAAACACAUACACUGAGUAAACAUGUAGAUGUAAUACAUUUUUUUUUUUUUUUUUUGCUGUAAUUUGACUAAGCAACCUCAGGUUUGCAUUUUGAGACACAAAACCCAUCAUAAUAAUCCUCAAAAUGAUCCGGAUUACACACAAACACAACCUUGUGAUUUUUUUUUUUCCACUGUCAAAUUCACCCUGCGGUCCGGAUUGUACCGGUGAGCGGGCUGCUUUUGGCCCGCCUGCCCUAUCUUUGACAACCAUGUCUUGUGAUUUAUUUAUUUAUUUUUUGUCACUUUCAAAUUCACCCCGUGGUCCGGAAUGUACAACCCAGCGGGCUGGUUUUGGGCCACCUGCCCUAUCUUUGACAACUACAAUGUCUUGUGAUUUUUUUUUUUUUUUUUGUCACUUUCAAAUUAAUCCCGGGGGCCGGUAUGUACUACCGAGAAAUCUGGUUUUGGCCCGCCUGCCCUAUCUUUGACAACCACGUCCUGUAAUUUUAUUUUUUUUUUUUCAAAUUCACCCCGCGGUUUGGAUUGUACCACAUGGCGACCUGGUUUUAGCCCGACCGCCCCAUAUUUGACAACCACGUCUUGUAAAUUAUUUUUUUUUGUCACUUUCAAAUUCAUCCCACGGGGCAGAUUGUACCACCUAGCAGGCUGGUUUUGGCCCCCCUGCCCUAUCUUUGACAACCACGUCUUGUGAUUUUUUUUUUUUUUUGUCACUUUCAAAUUCACCUCGUGGUCCAGAUUGUUCCACCUGGCAGCCUGGUUUUGGCCCGCCUGCCCUAUCUUUGACAACCACAAUGUCUUGUGAUAUUGUUUCCCCCCACUGUCAAAUUCACCCCGCGGUCCGUAAUGUACUACCUAGCGGCCUGGUUUUGGCCCGCCUGCCCUAUCUUUGACCCCCCACCCCCCCACUAUAAUCCACAUAUACA